CCCAACUCCAGCACCGCGGCCUGAGGCCUGGACCCCCCCUCCCUCCCUCCCUCCCUCACCCCGGGCCCGCGGCUCCAGGGCGGGCGGCGUGAGCUGCAUCUACCUCCACCCCCCACCCCCGCUGACUGACCAGGUUUAAGUAUGGACCACGCUAUACCAUGAGAUCAUCUAACCGCAACAGAAACAUUGAGCGGCGGGCGGAGUAUCUGCAAGCUGACCAGUGCGUGCCGCCGCCCAGUGACGACGGCUCCAUGGAUCGGAUCUGGUUCAUCAAAGACGGAUGCGGACUGGCGUGUGUCUUUGUCACCUGGAUGCUGGUUUUCUAUGCAGAGUUCGUGGUGGUUUUUGUAAUGCUUAUUCCAGGACAACACUUGAUGUACAGUAUCAUCAAUGGGAUUAUCUUCAAUGCACUGGCUUUCCUGGCUCUGGCCUCUCACUCUCGGGCAAUGCUCACCGAUCCUGGUGCGGUACCAAAAGGGAACGCCACUAAAGAAUUCAUUGAAAGUUUACAGUUGAAACCGGGCCAAGUGGUGUAUAAAUGCCCCAAGUGUUGCAGCAUCAAGCCAGAGCGAGCACAUCAUUGCAGUGUAUGUAAACGAUGUAUCCGCAAGAUGGAUCACCACUGUCCCUGGGUCAACAACUGUGUGGGAGAGAAUAACCAGAAGUACUUUGUGUUGUUUACAAUGUAUAUAUCACUGAUAUCUCUACAUGCUCUCACCAUGGUGUGCUUCCACUUUCUGUACUGCUUCGAGGAGGAGUGGCUAAAAUGCAGCUCGUUCUCACCGCCGUCCACAGUCAUUCUCCUCAUCCUCUUGUGCUUUGAGGGGCUGCUCUUCCUCAUAUUCACCGCCGUCAUGUUUGGCACCCAAGUACAUUCCAUCUGCUCCGACGAGACGGGCAUUGAGCGUCUGAAGAACGAGACGGUGACCUGGCAGAAGAAUCUGGGUUGGGCAGGGAUGAAGGCAGCUUUUGAUGGGGACUUUUCCCUGGGAUGGUUCAACCCGUUCUCGGGUCUGCGGUGCAGGAAGCGAGCCCAGGCCAGCGGCGACACACCGGACAUGAGCCGCAGGGAGGUGGUGAUGGUGGAGGCUCCGGCUGACUGACCCGACACCACACGGACUGAGCUGUGAGAUACAGGCUGCAACAUCUGCUGGAUGAAUCACCAAGAAACACUAAGCCCGCGCUGUGUGUAUACUCUAUAUCUUAGUAUUAUUCACUUAGUAUUCAUUGACGUGUCCUUUACUAAAACAGGAUACAUGCGUGUGUUGUGGGACCAUUGCAACAUGAACCAGAGUAUUGUGUGUCUAGUAUAUCCUCUGCUGCCGACUGAUCUGAGACUCUACCUGUAACCAUCCAAACCACUGAUGUCUCCCCAGCUCUCUGUACAUCACUCCCACAGUCACCCCGUUUAAACCUCUUCACUCCUGGAACAUUCUGGGGGGAGGUUCCCUCACCAGCUGGAGGAGCUACAGCACAGGACUCCGACAGAGAUGUGAUCUACAGCCCAGGACAUGCAGACAAGUAAUCUACACAUCCACAACAUGCAGACACGUGAUCCACACAUCUACAACAUGCAGACGUGUGAUCCACACAUCCACAACAUGCAGACACGUGAUCCACACAUCUACAACAUGUAGACACGUGAUCCACACAUCUACAACAUGUAGACAUGUGAUCCACACAUCUACAACAUGCAGACACGUGAUCCACACAUCUACAACAUGUAGACACGUGAUCCACACAUCUACAACAUGCUGAGAUGUGGUCCACACAUCUACAGCCCAGUUAGAGACGUGGUCCACACAGUUAGAUGUGGUCUCAGGCCGCAGAUAUAGACUUGACAAAGGAGCAUUUCCAUACAGUGUUUCUCAACUCUAGAUUUUGCAUAAUGCAACAGUAUAUCUGCACUUUGUACAAAUGAAACAAAUGUUUUUUUUACGAUUCCUAUAAUGAGUUUGUCACGGAAUAUUAUGCAAGUGUUGAAGGAUAACCUUUGUGGCUACGAUGCCAAUAAUUUCUUUACUGACACUGAUCUUUUUAAACAGUCUCCAAUCAUUUAUUCUUAAAGAAAUAACAAUUCUGAUUUCACGAUUUCACUUUCUGAAAUCAAAGACCAUUAAAAUCUGGUAAUGUU